UGACUGAUAAUACGAGUUAUGUAAAUAUUUAACCUUCUUUUCACUAUAGCCCACACAAUUUUGAAGACAUCAUGCGAGCAGUCCCAGUUUUCAGCAUCCUCCUGCUUGUGGCUUCGGCCGCGCAGGCAAUGCCCAGCCAAAUUUCAACGCAGAGGGUGACCGGCGAGGAAAUCAAUAACUACGUGGACAGACUCAUAAACGAAAUUAUUAAGUACAUGUUGGACAACAACUUGAACCCGUUGAUACUUCCUGAUCUAGUAGAAGGUUUCGAGUAUAAGGACUUCCUGGGAAUCGUGUGGCAUGGAGAGGCUUCGUUGCGCAAUGGCUUGAUGACCGGCCACACUUCAAUCCACAGAGUUGGAGAUGCAGAUUUCACAUACGAAAAUAUGAACCUCACUGUCAGCGCCGAAAUGGGACUACUCGCCAUAAAAGUUGACUACGACUUCGAGGCGACUUUCAUGGAUCUCGGACCCACCGGCCACGCCGAGAUUUUCGCCAAUGACAUUAUUUUCGGCUUCAGCUUCUCCCUCGACAUGGGCUCGCCAAACGCCACCGCAACUUUGCACUCAUUUGACAUCGUUUCCACAAGGUCAAUCAGCGUCAACAUCACUGGACUUUUGUGGGGUCUCAACUUCUUGGUCGAAGUGUUCGUCAACUUGUUCGUAGACAUUUUCAAGAAUACCAUUUUGGGCAUUCUUGAAGGCGUCAUUGAAGAUGGCUUGCGUGAGGCGCUCGCAAAUAUUUCGCUCGGCAUUCUUAUUCUGGCGUAACCUAGACUGUUAUUAAUUAAGUUUUAUAUGAGUACAAAAAUAAAUAUUACUUUUGCUUAAGAAAUCGCGCAAA